AUCAACUGCUAAUUUUGUUUUAAAAUUACUGUAAUCAAUAUUCUUUUUUUCUGCACAUGCCCAUGAUAAGCCCUGUGAGGACAGGGGGUGGAAUACAGAAAACAAACUGACAAUGUUCCACCCUCUAGUGUGCAUGGGAAAAUAGCAGUAUGUGUGAGGGAACCCGUGAGAACUGGAUAACCAGUUUAGAUACCCAAUGCAGGUCACUGUGGGAAGUCACAGAAGGUAAAUGGGGAUCCUCUUCUCCAUUCUAAGUAGAGCUGUGUCUGCUCGGUGUCUCCUGAGGAGCUAGUUCUUGCACAUAGCAGGGCUGUAGUCUAUCUGAGGGUUCAAAGAACACACACACAUGGUUUAACAUGCAUGUAUUGCACUCAAUGGCAUUUGCUUCCAGGGAAGCAAAUAUGAGUUCUGACAAUUUCCAUUACACUUCAAAUGUUAUGUCUGUUUUCACCCGAGUCUAAUUACUCAUCCUUGCUCAGCAGCUAUUCCACAGAUCUAUUUCAUGUCCUUGAAAUGGGGCUUCUAACUCUCCCCAGCAGACUCCAAAGCCCUGCCUGUACAACUUGUGUUUACGUACUCAGUUAGUCACCUGCUUUCCUCAUUAGCUGAAACAAGGACAGUUACUCACAGUAGUCUCAAAGAAAUUAAAAGGACAAGUUGCCUGACUUGUCUUUAUUAAUUCCAAUGGGGCUACUUUGUACAAACUUGUUCCAUGGAUGGGAUAGGGAUGAAGGCACUUCUGGUUCCAUUUAAUCAUGGUGGGAUACUGAGAAGGAAACAUUCAGGACCAGAGCGGGUGUUUUAGUGGUUGCUAAGCAACCUGCGAGGCUAGCAACCAGGCCAAGGUGAGGAAUCUGUUAGAAUAACUGUUGGGCUGGACUACUUGGUGGGCAUAGACUGAUCUCCCUGUUUGGCUCAAGCUGCUCUCAAGUUUGCAGAAAUUGGAGGUCCUCAAACUCCCUGCUGGCAAAUGUGUUGAUUUUGCUUUAGAAGAGGUAGUGCCUGGGUGAGGAAUUGAGAGUCAUGGAUGUGGCACUGAAACAAGGCAACAAUUUGAAGCAAAGAGGUUCUGGGAACUUUGAGGAGGAAAAUGCUUGGCUGCAAGAGUGGAUCCAUGAAGAACUUGCCCAUGGUGAGGUCUGGCAGAAGCAAUAUGAAUCACUGCUGAGACAUCAGAAGGAACUCUGUUCCUUGCUACAAACCAAGAGUCUUAAACCCCUGGAGAAGAAGACCCGAGCAAUGCAAGAGGAGCUGGAGGAAAUCCAGGAGGCCCUGCGGGAGUGCCAGAAUCGGAGUCGCCAGCGCCAGCUGCACAUCCACAAGCAAGAGAAGGAAAAUCAGAGAAUGGCUGAGACUGUGAAAGAGCUGGAAAAAAAGGUAUUCAAGCAACAAUUGGAGGAGAAGUCCAACAAGGACAUCCUGAAGGAACUGAGGACGGAAGGCAAUGAACUGAAGAGACACUUGUCUGAAUGGGAGACAAAGUGGCAGACAAAGAAUGACAGAGUCAGACAGAGGCAGCACCAGAUUGAGAAACUGAAUGCCACCAUUCAAGGAUUGUCUCUGAUGAGCCAGGAGCUGCACAAAAGCAUCAUCUUCAUGGAAGACCGUGUGAUGGAAGCUCAGCAGGAAGCAGUGCUCUUGCAGAAAGAGGCAUCUUCUGGACAGGCAGAGAAUUCAACAGGGAGCACCCUUUGGGAGGAACGAGCAUGUGAUCAGAUGUUGGCUUUUUGUGUCCUCCCAGAAGAGACUUCCAUGUCUGGAACCAGACAGAACCAAUUCCAAGGAGCAACUCCCUACCAGCCCUGCCAUUGACUGACAUCUGGUUGGCAGGAACUGGUUGUGACCCAUCGGCUUUGGAAUGCCUUCUCAGACAAGCUUCACCAUGUCCCCUCAGGGCUUAAAAAACAACAACUUGAAGACCCAUCUUUUUAGAAAAAAUUUCUAUUCUUUGUUUCUAGUAGGUUUUUAAUUUGUAAUUGUAGGGGAUUAAAGCCUUUGUCUCAGAGCAGCUCAUGUGAGGAUAAAAAUGUUGAAUCAUCCCUGGCGAGCUUCCUGGCUGGGCUUCUCAUAAAACUAAUCUAUAUUUCCAGUAGAAUUAAAAUGCUGCCACCACCACCCCUCUUAUCAACAGAGCUUGAACCUUCCUGGGCUUGGGGUGGAAUCCCAGGGAAAAUUCUUAUUUUGCUAUUGGAUAAGUACAAAAACCUUCCACGUGCAGGCCUACUUGUGAUGAGAAAACUGAUAGCUGCUGAGCGCUUGAGGAUGUUUACACCAGAGAAACUCCCCCUUUGCCCCCCUCUUCCUGAGUUAAAAACCAAUUCUGAGAGGCUUGUAAAAAGAAAAGAACAAAAAAAGUUUUAUUCAAUUACUAUAGACUUCUUCCAUCUGAGGCUUCUAGCUUUCUUGGAUACACUCAAAAAUACUUAGUAGGUUACAAAAAUAAGUUUUCUUAGGCUUCAGUUUAGGUUGCAUUUAAGUAUGCUUAGAUGUUUAUAGAGUCUUUUGCAAUGCCCUGGUUGGGUUGUUGAGCAUAGGCUAGUGUUUCUUAUUUUAAUUAUGUUGCAGGCUAACUAUAAUAGAACAGUAUCAGGGAUAUGCAGAGUACACACACACACACACACACACACACACACAGAAAUUAAAAUUCCUAACGCACAGUCUGACUAAACAAACUUCUCUAUGCUGAAUUCCCUUUUCCUUGAAAAUUCACUCUGGAUAAGAAUCAAGCUUCUUGCAAUCCUGUCUUUCAAGAAUUUGCAGAGUUCCUUGGUGAGAGAAAUCUUCGUGCUGUCCUCUGCCAUGGGGGAGCAAACUCCAUGCCCCUCACUAAAGCCUUUCUACAUACGCUUCUCUCCAACAAAGACCACCCUUCUUGUUCCCAGAAUUCCCAGCAACCGCUUUCUAGGUCCCACCCACCUGGUGUACCAAUUGGCUGCCCUGGAGUUCACUAGCCUGUCAGUCGAGACAAGGGUUGACUAUCUUAACUCUUUAGAGGGAGGGGAGCCUGAUCAUUACAGUAAUUGUGGUUGUAAUUGGAUCUUGUUUUUAACUUAAUUUUCUUAAUUUUAUAUUGUUUUAUUAGUUUCAUUGUUUUUGUGAACCACCUCGAACUGUAUUGCAAGGGAGGGGCGGGAUACAAAUAUUUCAAAUAAACCAAUAAACAAAGGCUGCAUUUAAUUGCUUUAGUGGAUUUAAUUUGUUUUGUUUUAACAAUUUGUAAACCACCCAGAGACUGGAGUUUGGGGCAGUCUAAAAAUGUACUAAAUACAUACUGUCUCCUGUGAGGAAGUUUAUGUUCUAGGCAACAUGCUUAGCUCAUGUAGGGUGAUGGUAAGGCUCAAGAGUUCUGGCCAAACAGCACUCUAUGUGAUCUGAGCUUACACCUUGGAGCACUUCUCAGAAUCCUCUGCAAUAUGCGGGAGUUCCUUGGCAGACAAACUGAUAUGGAAGAUAGUUUGAAAACCAGUGUUCAUUUUCUCCCUCUUUC